AUGACACAACAGAGCGUUCAGGCGCCGGCGCGCGUCGACGAAGAAACGCCGUUGCUCGGCCCCGAAACCGGCGACGGCGCGAUACGACCCGAUGUUAAUGGCAGCAGCAGCGACGACGACAGCCCGGCCAAGGACGACGAUGUCGUCGGCAGCUCAGAAGACGCGCCACGCCGGCCCACCAGCUGGUACGUGGUGCGCGCGGUCUGGACGCUGCUGGCGGCGCUGGUCCUGUUUGUCUUCAUCAAGGGCUGGAUCGACGCCGGCGGCGACGUCGACUUUGACCUCAAGGACGCGCUCAAAAAGGCACUGGGAAGCGGCGUCAGCGGCGCGGCGGCCAUGGUGCUGCAGGUGCUGCUGCUGAUGCCGCUGCGGACGAUCAUGAACUACCAGUACCGCUUUGGGCACUCGUUUAGCGAGGCCACGGCCAUUCUGUACCGCGAGCGCGGCGUCGGCCGCUACUACGACGGCCUGGGGGCGGCGCUCGUGCAGGGCCCCAUCUCGCGCUUCGGCGACACGGCCGCCAACGCCGGCAUCCUGGCGCUGCUGCACUCCAACUCGUACCUCAAGGACCUGCCCUCGCUGGUCCAGACCGUCUUUGUGUCGCUGUGCGCCGCCGCCUUUCGCAUUGUCCUCACGCCCAUCGACACGGUCAAGACCACCCUCCAGGCGCAGGGCCCGCGCGGCACCGCCCUCUUGCGCCAGCGCAUCAAGACCAACGGCCUCGGCAGCCUCUGGUGGGGUGCGCUGGCGACGGCCGCGGCCACGUUUGCCGGCAACUACCCGUGGUUCGCCACGUACAACCUGCUGACCGCCUGGAUCCCCGAGCCCGCGCGGCACCCGCUGGCCGUCUGGCUGCUGCGGCUGGCCGUCAUCGGCUUUGUGGCCUCGGCCGUGUCCGACACUGUGUCCAACUCGCUGCGCGUCGUCAAGACGUACCGCCAGGUCAACGACACCAAGGUGUCGUACCUGGAGGCGGCGGCGCUGGUGGUGCAGGCGGACGGGCUGAUCGGCCUGUUUGGCCGCGGGCUCAAGACGCGCAUUCUCUGCAACGGUCUGCAGGGCCUCUUGUUUUCCAUUCUGUGGAAGCUGUUUUUGGACCUGUGGGACAAGAAGACUGGGUUGUAG